GGUUGCGUCCUCUUCCUUGCAAGCGCCGGACCCGCUGGGCUCAUGAAAGAGGCCAGUUAGGGGCGCUCCAAGCACCGAGACGAGGCGCCCGCUGCCCCCCGAGAACCGAACUCGCAGCAGCCGCUGUCCCCGGAGAGGCGGAGGAGGUCGGGGCCGCAGAGCCAUGUCCCGCGACCACCGGGACGGGCUCCCCGGGCCGGGCCGGGUGCUGCUGCUGCUGCUGCUGCUGUCGCUGGCCGCUGCCGUGCCGCCGAGCCUGGCAGAUGUCUACUAUGCCACUGCUUACUGGAUGCCUGAUGAAAAGGCAGUCGAAAUCAAAAACAUACUGGACAGAAAGGGGGAUGCCUAUGGCUUUUACAAUGACUCUGUGCUAACUACUGGCUGGGGUAUUCUGGAGAUCAAAGCAGGUUAUGGUUCUCAAGACUUAUCAGAUGAGAUCAUCAUGUUUGUGGCUGGUGUUUUGGAAGGUUACCUCACUGCCCAACACAUGCAUGACCACUUUGUAAACCUCUACCCUCAGCUGAUUAAGAAACCUUCAGUCGUGAAUAAAGUGAAGGAUUUUAUGAUGAAACAAGAUGAAUGGACUCGAAAUAACAUCAAAGAAAAAACAAAUGACCCUUAUUGGAGGCACGUGGGAUAUGUUAUGUCACAGUUGGAUGGAAUGUAUGUGGGGGCAAAGAAGAGAGCUACAUUAGAAGGGACAAAGCCCAUGUCCAUGUUUCAGAUUCAGUUUCUGAACUCUGUCGGAGACAUGUUGGACCUGAUUCCCUCCCUCUCACCUACAAAGAACUCCAGCCUGAAGUUUUUUAAGAGAUGGGACAUGGGACAUUGCUCUGCUCUAAUUAAGGUUCUUCCUGGAUUUGAAAACAUCUAUUUUGCUCACCAAGCUAGGUAUACAUAUGCAGCCAUGCUCAGGAUAUAUAAACAUUGGGACUAUCAACAUCAGUGACCAAAGACCAGCAGUGCUCGUCUCUCCUUCAGCAGUUACCCAGGGUUUUUGGAAUCUCUGGAUGACUUUUACAUUCUCAGCAAUGGUUUGAUAUUGCUACAGACCACAAACAGUGUGUACAAUAAAACCUUAUUGAAAUUUGUGGUGCCCCAAUCUCUCCUGGCCUGGCAGAGAGUUCGUGUGGCCAAUAUGAUGGCAAAUGGUGGCAAGGAGUGGGCAGAGAUCUUUACCAAAUACAACUCUGGCACCUAUAACAACCAGUACAUGGUCCUGGACCUGAAGAAGGUAAAGCCGAAGUCUAGACUUGACAAAGGAACUCUGUACGUUGUGGAGCAAAUUCCGACAUAUGUAGAAUUUUCUGAACAAACUGAUGUUCUCCGGAAAGGAUAUUGGCCCUCUUACAACAUUCCUUUCCAUGAAAAAAUCUACAACUGGAGCGGCUACCCAAUGUUAGUCAAGAAGCUGGGAAUAGAUUACUCCUACGAUCUGUCUUCCAGAGCCAAAAUCUUCCGACGUGACCAGGGAGAAGUGACCGAUAUGGAAUCCAUGAAAUACAUCAUGCGAUACAACAAUUAUAAGAAGGAUCCUUACAGUAAAGGUGAUCCCUGCAAUACCAUCUGCUGCCGUGAGGACCUGGCCUCACACAACCCAAGCCCUGGAGGUUGCUAUGACACAAAGGUAGCAGAUAUUUACCUCGCAGCCAAGUUCACGGCCUAUGCCAUCAGCGGCCCCACAGUCCAGGAUGGCCUCCCUGCAUUUCGUUGGGACCGUUUCAACAAAACGCUCCACCAGGGCAUGCCAGAGAUCUACAACUUUGACUUCAUCACCACAAAACCCAUUUUGUAACAAGAUAAAGAGGCAACAAGGGAAGGAAUAGAUGGAUAUAAGAUACCAAAGGCACUAUUUUAACUAUGUUUUCCCUUAAAAAUUUAUCUUAAUAAAAUUUAUUAAAUUCAGCCAUAUUUC